AUGUCAGACAUAAAUGAAGAUGAAUAUAAUGAUGAAGAAAUGAAGGCAGUAUUAAAAGAAGAUUCAAGUGAUUCAUCAGAUGAUUAUGAAAAUAAUAAUGAAGAUUUAUCAAACUCAAGUGAUGAUGAUGAUGAUGAUGAUGAUGAUGGCGAUGAUUCAUCAGAUGACGAUGAUGAUGAUAAUAUGGAAAGUAAAACUGAUUAUGAAAAUUCAUCAGAAGGAUUAGAGGUUGGAUUACUUGAAAUUAAAUUAAGGGAAGAUCCAUAUUCAUUUGAAAAGAAUCUUAAUUACAUUAAUGCAUUAUCAAAAUUCACUAAACAAAGUAAUUAUCAAACAUUAAGAGAAGCAAGAGAAAAGUUUCAAUCAAUUCAUCCACUCUCACAAGAUAUUUGGUUAGCUUGGUUUUCUGAUGAACAAAAAUAUAUGAAAACUGAUAAUGAUAAACAAUAUAUUUUAUCUCUAUAUGAAAAAGCUUUAAAUGAUUUCAUUAGUGUAAAAAUUAAUGUAUCUUAUUGUAAAUUCAUUAUAAAGAUUAAUACAAAUUCAGGAGGAUUGAUUAAUAAUGUUAAAGAGAUUAGAAAACAAUUUGAAAGAUCAUUAGAACAGUGUGGUGAUGAUAUUAUUGAAUCACCAUUAUUAUGGUCAGAAUAUAGAAUGUUUGAACAAAUGUUAUUAUCACAAAUAAAGGAUGACAAAGAGAAACAAACACAAAUUAAAAUCAUUAGAGAUUUAUAUCAUCGUCAAUUAUCUAAUCCAAUGAUUGGUUUACAUUCAAUUUAUAAUGAUUAUCAACAAUGGGAACAUUCUCAAUCUAUUGAUAACAAUAAUAAUAACAAUAAUAACCAAGAAAAAGAAAAAGAAGAAAAAGAAAAAGAAGAAAAAGAAAUUAAAUUAAAAUUUGAAAAAUCAUUAAAACAAUUUAAAGAAAGAGAACCAUUUGAAAUAGCAUUAAAAGAAAAGAAAUAUUUAGAUCAAAGAAAAUGGAAAGAAUAUAUUGAAUUUGAAAAACAACAACAACAUAAUGAUAAACCAAUGAGAGUUGCAACAUUAUUUGAAAGACAAUUAAAAUCAUUUUCAAAUCAUUUUUCAAUUUGGUCAUUUUAUUUAACAUAUUUAGAAAAGUUUACAAACUUUAAGGAUUUACAUUUGAAAGUUUUCUCAAGAUCAUUACGUUCAAUUUAUUAUUCUGGUGAACAUUGGUCAAAAUAUUUAUUAUUAUUAGAAGAGAGAGUUCAUAAUGAUAAUGAUAAUGAUAAAAGAGUAAAAAUUGAACAAGAAUUUCAACGUUCACUUGUAUCUGGUUUAAAGAGUGAAUAUGAUUAUCAAUUAGUUUAUAAUACAUAUAUUGAUUAUAAUUGGAGAUCAAUUAUUAAAAAACUCAAUACUGAUAGUAAUGCUAAUAGUAAUGGUAAUGGUAAUAAUAAUAAUAAUAAUAAUAAUAAUAAUAAUAAUAAUAAUAAUAAUAAUAAUAAUAAUAAUAAUAAUAAUAAUAAUAAUAAUAGUAUUUCAGAAAAUGAUAAACAAUUAAUGAAGUCGUUAUUUGAAACUAUGAAUAAUCAAAUGUCAACAAUUGAUGUUAAUAAUUAUACAACAGUUGAUAGAUACAUGUAUAUAGCUCAAUUUGAAUGGAGACAAUUCAAUGAUUUAUCAAGAUAUAGAGAGAUAGUUGAUUAUGUUUUAUCAAUUGAUCCAUCACAAUAUUGGAUUUGGUGUCAAUAUAUUUCCUUUGAAAUGGAGCAAAAACAAUUUCAAUCAGUAAGAGAAUUGUUUAAAAAAGCAUCUUCUCAUAUUAGAUUCGAUGAUCCUUCUUCAAGAAUAUGGCAAGAUUGGUUCACUUUUGAGCGUGGCUAUGGUGAUAUUAAUCAAUAUAGAGCAGUCUCUGAUCGUUAUUCUAUUAUUCAAAAUAAAUAUAACAAAGAGCAAGAAAGAUAUCUUCAACAACAACAGCAGCAACAACAAAAACAACAACAACAAAAUAAAAGAAAAGAAAAAGAUGAUGGAAAAAAUAAAGACGAAAAAAGAAUAUCAAAGAAACAAAAGAAUGAAAAUCAUAAAGAAAAAGGAGAUCAAGAUGAAUUUAAAAAACCAUUACCUCCAACAUCAAAAAAAGAAAAAGAAAAAGAAAAAGAUUUACCAAAGAAAUUAAUUAUACUAAAUUUAUCAUUUGAUACAGCAGAACCUGAUUUACAUAAAAUCUUUGAUAAAUAUGGUCAAAUUAAAUCUUUGAAAUUAGUUUUAGAUAAGAAUGGAAAAUCUAAAGGAAUUUGUUUCAUUCUUUACAAAAGUCAUGAAUCUGCAAAUAAAGCAUUAGAAAUGGAUCAACAAAUUAUUAAAAAUAGAACUAUUUGUGUUCAAUAUUCAAAAGAUCAACAAAUUAAUGACCAUGUCGAAUCAAAUCAAACUUUAACAACAACAGCAACAACAACAACAACAACAAAUGAAAUUGAUUUUGAAAAUCAUAUUGGUUUAACAGUAUUUAUUAAUAAUUUAUCACCAAGUGUAAAUAAAGAAAAAUUGGAACAAUUUUUACGACAUAAUGGUGUAACUGGUAUUAAAGAUAUUAGAGUGGUAUUAAAAGCUAGACCAUUUGCCUAUAUAGAUUUAAUUGAUAAAGAGAAUUUAAAGAAAGCAUUAUCAUUAGAUAAAAAAUAUUUUUUGAGUAAAUUAAUUAAUGUUAAUUUAUCAAAACCACCAUCUUCUAUUUCACCUGCAAAUAAUAAUAAUGAUAAUAACAAUAACAAUAACAAUAAUACAAUAACUUCAAAUGGAAAUGAUACAGAGUUUAUUAAAGAAAUUCCAAGUAGAAAACCAACUCUCUUAGUACCAAGAGGAAUAAAAAAUAAAAAAUAA